UAUUUUUAAGCAAAAACUAGGCAAUGACGAAAGUGUUUAAAAAUAACCUGUCUCUGACCUUGCUUACCGUUUGAAGUUUUUUUAAGCCAAAAAAUCUUAAAACUUUUAAGUCAGAUUGUUUGUUGUUGGCGUAAAUUUUGACAUUAACAUUCAAUGUUUUAAAGAGCCUGCUGCCAACGUAUUAAAAAAAUGGUUUUGCUAGAUAAUUCAUCGUUUAUAUUACGUCUAGAGAAGUUAGCGUCCGCCGCAAAAAGUGAGUCCUCAAGUGUGACUGUCACAUUGAAGAGAUUUAAUGGUCACGAUCGACCCGUUCCGCGUGAAGGUAAGCCGCCAUUGCCAAAACCUGAGGAGUAUAUGUGUCUUAUGAGGGUGCACUCAAAAUCAAAAAAGAUAUCGACGGUUGUACGUCGUGAAGACGUACCGAAGAUGGUGACUAUGUAUUCUCAAUUUAUGAGGAGCAAUUUGGACGGUUUAAAGCGUGUAAAAAAAGUGAAAAGCAAAGCAAAAGCGGCCAAAGGUUAGGCUGUCAUUUUUCCUAAUUAA